GUGAAUUUCAAAUCCUAGCCUUAACAGUCUCCAACGUAAACCAACAAGAGCAUCGAAUAAUUCACAUUUUGACCAUCAAAUCAAUACUUAUACAGGUGUUGAUACAGGCAGUAGGUAGCACAAAAUGUCAGAAUCGAUUGUAAUUAUUUGAGGCUUAUGGUUUCUUAUGGCGGCAACGGAUUCCAGGGAAUCCAGUGUUUCGGUAACUUGCCCAACAUGUGAUCAUUCUGUCCCCCAAAAUAGAGGGAGUAAGAGAAUUAUUUGUCCAAAAUGUGGAAAUUUUUAUGAUCGUGACUCAGCAGUAGACGAACUUAGACAGAUCAGAAGGGUGAACCGGGAGAAACAGUCUCCAAAUGGAAUUAAGGACAGGGAUGAGGAUAAGGAUAAAUCAGGAGGGACUCUAAGUUCCAUUGCCAACUUUUUCCAGAACUUGGGACCUAGCCGUAAAACAAAGACUCCUGGGUCACAGCCUCGCUCAGACUCGGAGGCAUCAAGCCACCUGUCAGAAUCCAGCACAAAGGGCUCAAGCACAGAGUUACCCCCAAUUAACCAAUCACAGACACCCACUGGAAAAAGAACUCCCUCAUAUAAUGUUAAUGGCCCACUUAGUCCCAGGGCAGCAGAAAAAGAAAAGAGUAUCCCAAAGGGGGACAAUCAGCGAGUCAACACGUGGGCCCAACAGGCAGACUCCAACAUAAGUCAGAUUACAGCAAGUGCCAAUAACAACAAGCUGGUGUACCCAGUCAGGACCAAGACCGUGGAGCAACUGAAGGAGGAUGUUCUUUUGGCCAAAGAGUCUGGGAACUGGAAGGUGGUCCAAGACUUUUAUGCCACAACUUUUGAAUCCUUUUUGGAGAUUAAUGCAACAUUCAAGAGAGAUCCCAGCAAGGAGUACAAAACUGUAGAGGAACCAGGUCUAAAAUUUGAGUUGGUUCACAUGGUUUAUGAAAUACUUUUGAAAAUGCCACAAGAGAUUCAAAAGGUGGUUCUGAAGUCUGUCAUCAAUAGUCUACUUAAGGACAAGAGGGACCAUGACAGCAGAAUACACUGGCCCCAUACGAAGGAUGACUUGAGAGCUUAUUUAGUACUCCUGCAGAAUCCCCAGUUUGAGAAUUUUUCCACCUAUGUCAUCUUUGCCCACCUUCUGAGACAGAUUGCUGCCUUAACAGAUCACGACCACCAUUUCCUUGUUCACUGGAUGAAAGGGUUGAAGAAACAAGUUUUUCAGAAAAUCAUAAAGAGACUACAGAACUUUAUUUCAAUACGACUGUUCCCCCCGAAACCUCAGGAUCUCCCACCUAUGGCAAAGUGUACCUGGUGGAUUCCUAGUGCUACUAAAGUUCUGGCACUUCUCAAUGCUGCCAACAAUUUGACUAGUCCUACUAUUGUGCAAUAUACAGAGUUUUAUAACCCCACCCUAGACCAUCUAGAUCUGAUGGCAGAGUAUUACACCUGGCAAAACCCAAGCUCCUGUGCAGGAUUCUCUUUCUGCCAAUAUCCAUUUAUUUUGAGCAUCAAUGCAAAACGAACUGUUUUACAGCGAGAUAGUGAGCAACAGAUGAUAAUCAUGGCCAGGAGAAGUCUAGUUGCUAAAGUACAACGAAGGCAGAUGCCAGAUGUUGGAAUGCUGUUUUUGAAUCUUACGGUGAGACGAUCCCAUCUUGUGUCGGACUCACUGAAUGAGAUUGCUCGCAAGCAGCAUGACCUCAAAAAGAAAUUGAAGGUGACCUUUGCGGGGGAGCCUGGUCUGGACAUGGGAGGGUUGACGAAGGAGUGGUUUCUCCUGCUGAUCAGGCAGAUUUUCCACUCGGACUAUGGAAUGUUUACAUAUGACAAAAGAGCAGGUGUUCAUUGGUUCAGUUCUGCACAAUGUGAGAGCUACCAGGAGUUCAACCUAGUCGGAGUGUUAAUGGGCUUGGCCGUGUACAACAGUAUUAUUCUGGACAUUCAUUUUCCUCCCUGUUGCUUUAAGAAGCUUCUAAGUCCUGCAGUUGUGCCUUACAACAACCCACAAGCUAUGGUCGGUGUCUCAACAAUGUCAUUAGAGGACCUCAAAACUGUCCAGGCUGAUGUAGCGUAUGGGCUACAAGACUUACUAGAUUAUGAUGGAGAUGUGGAAGAGGACUUUGGAUUGAGUUUCCAGGUGUCUGUAACAGAGUUUGGUCUUGUAAAAACUAUUGAUCUCAAACCUAAUGGAUCCAACAUUCCUGUUACUACUGAGAACAGAAAAGAAUAUGUUCAUCUCUACGUAGACUGGAUCCUAAAUAAAUCAGUCUAUCACCAAUUUCAAGCAUUCUAUCAUGGAUUUCACAGUGUCUGUGCUUCAAAUGCAUUAAUUAUGUUGCGGCCCCAGGAAGUAGAGAUGUUGGUUUGUGGCAACCCAAUCCUGGACAUGAACGAGUUACGGAAAGUCACCACGUAUGAUGGAUACAGUCCACAGGAUCAAGUUGUUAAAAAUUUUUGGGAAGUUGUUCUUGCACUACCAAACGAUCUCCAGAAGCGUCUUCUGCUGUUUACGACAGGAAGUGAUCGUAUUCCUGUGGGAGGAAUGUCUGAGAUGACAUUCAAGAUUUCCCGUGUUGGAGGAACAGAUCUACUGCCGAUGUCACACACUUGUUUCAACAUGUUGGUUCUACCAGCAUACAAAAGCAAGAAGACAAUGAAACAGAAGCUGAUUCAUGCCAUACAGAAUGCUGAGGGGUUUGGUUUAGAGUGAACUGUUCAGGUCUCUGUAGAGGUUUAUAUUUUUCAUGAACAGAUAUAUAUUAUUUGAGGUUGUAAAUGAUUUGGUGUUCUGUGAUUUCUUGAGAAAAUUUUUGAUUCUAUCUCUGAGUAAGUCAGACUUGUAAUUGAAUGUGCAGGGAAUAUAGUAUGAUUUUAAAGAUUUAUUUGUUUUGAGUUGGUGCUGGCACUGGCAAAAGUUAUUAAUUAAUGUUAGCACUAUGAAGAAAGAUGUUUUAUUGAUGCAGGUUAUCACAUUAGAAUAGGUGUACAUUUGUUUUAAGUUUUAAAAUUGUUGUGUAUUUUGAAUUAUCAUGACAGAAGUUACAGGUGUACAGUGUAUAACAUUGUAUAUCUAUAAUUCUGGGAAUAAGUUGGUUAUAAGGACAACAAAUUAAGUCAAAAAAUGAAAGUUUUAUUGCAGGUACAUUAAGGUAGUCCAAUCCUCAGGUUCUGAAAAUCAGCUUUUAAGUAAUAUUGAAAAUGCUCACAAAAAUGUCUCUGACUUCACAUAGUAACGUGAAUUUACCCAUGGAAUUUCUUUAAAGUUCAUCAUUAUAGUUAAUCAUAUUAUAUAGGGAAAAUUAUCAAAUCUUAAAUAUAUUUUCAGGAAAUGCAAAUAAAAACACCAGCUAUGCAUUUUCUAAUUGAAAAUUGAUCAACAAAUAUAAUUUAGGAUAAAAAAAAAUAUAGGUAUUCAGGCAUUUGGAGAAAAUUGCAUCUUUUUUAUGCUUCUACAGUAUUUUAGUUCUUCAUUUUACUUCAAUUGUCAUAUAAUACAUAGUGUAAAAAGCUUGUGCUAUCAUUGCUAUAGGCAUCACAUAUCACAUCUAAUUUCAUAUCAUGCUAAUAAGCAUUGGUAUCUAAUGCUAUACGAAAGGUAAUUCGAUUUCUCCAAGAAUGAAUUCAUUUUUUUUCCUUUUAUGGGGUGCAAAUGUCAACUUUUUACAAGACAGUUUCUAAGACUUGAAAGAACCUUGAAUCAUAUUAAGAUGCAUAAAAUGAAAAUUGUUGCAUGAAAAGAUCUCAAUUUCAAGCUUCAUUUUGGGACUGUUUGAAUAAAAUAAUAAAUUUAGGAGUUAUCCUUCCUGGCUGAGGAUUGGCUAUUCUUAAUUGUGUAUGCCAGUUUUUAAUUUUUGGCAUGAUAUUUACGAGAUUUAAUGUUCAGGAGCAAUUUCAGCUAUUUCCCAGUCCUUAGACUUUGCAAAGGGAGACAAUCUGUAUAAAGCGCAUUUAAACAGAAUCUGAUUUUUGGGAUGUGUAAAUAAUUGAUUCAAAGUACAUGUACAUGUACUAUCCAUUUUUAUAUUGUUUUUCUGUGAUAGUACAUGUACAAACAAAAAAUGCAGCUGUAUAGAGUUGACUUUUUAAAUAAUCAGUUAUUUUUGUUAUGAAGUUGUUCUAGCUGACAGCUGGCUAGCUUAGUGAACAUUAAUUGUUAUUCAUUUUAAAUACAUGUAUAAGAGCUAGAUUAGAGAUGCACAAUUUACACUAUAGACCUUAACAGUAUUCUAACAGGGUUUUCAUAUAACUUUACUUCAAAGAAAUGCUCCACUUUUUUGAUAACAUCUAUGCAUGGUCAGUAAUUUUUUUUCCGUAAAUCAACAGAAAAAAGCAUCUUGUGAGAUUGACAUUCUUGUUUUACUUUGAUUAGAUUUGUAUCAGCAGAGAUGAAUAUGGCAUAUGUGUACACAAAAACGUGAUGAAACAAUUUUUUGUAGUGUUCAUGAAACUAUAUGAAUAAAAGAUACUUAGAAAUCAGGGACUGAUCCAGGAUUUUCAAAGUUGCCCCCCCCCCCCCCAGUCUGUUUACUUUAAUAUAUAUAUAUAUAUAUGACAGACCAUUUCUUAACUUAAAAUGAGAACUGCAUGGGCGAGUAUUUGUACCGGUACUUCUUGAAUGUUAAAAAUUGCCUUUUUGUUUUUAUAACUGGCAUGUAUAACAAUUUCAAGCUGGUGCCCAGACACAGUUGUAUGAAACAUAUUUAAUUUUCCAUGUGUAAAAACACAUGGCUGUUUAUUUUCAUUGAACAUCCGUCCUGACAUACAUAUAUGUAAAUAACAAAAUGUUACCUUUUAUAAUUUAUGAACAGUACAUACCUGUACCUGAUACUGUGUACGUAAAAUAAUGUGCUUUCUUAGUUAUCUGUGAAAUACUUUUUUCAAUUGUAUAUAUAUUUAAAUUGUCACUAAAAAUGAUUACUUCAGAAAAAAUACAUGUAUCGUACUUUAACUAAGUAUUAAUAUAUUGAAAGGGGAGAUCGAUUGUAUAGUUCCCAUGUGUUUAAAGGACUUGUACAAUGUACAUGUAAAAUUUUGUCUUAAUUCUAUUAUUAUAAAUGCUUCUUUUAUUGUGUGAAUCCAACUAAAAUUUAAGAUCAUCAUGUAGCAUAUAAACAAAAUUAAUGUCAUUAAAUCUUCAAUAUUUUAAUAUUAUGUUAUUUAUCAUGAGAAAAUAUGCAUGCUUGUUGGUCAAAACAAUUUGAGUAAUCACACAACUAAACUUGCCUUUGAAAGUAAUUUAAUUGUUUAACUUUACACUUAUGUUCAUUUUAGUUUGUGUUCAAAGUUUACUUAAAUAAUCACUGUUUCCAUAGAGUUCAUACCGUCAAUUGUUGAAAAAAGCACAUCUAUUUCAAAUAUUAUGUAUAUAUAUAUUUUUUUUUAUUGUGUGAGUGCAUGUAUUGACUAAUAUGACUUUAUUAAUAUCAUUAAUUUUAAAUACACCUUUGAGGUUCAUCAAUUACAUAUGAUUUAGGAACUGUGAUAAAUUUUGUAAAAUUUAGUCAAGAUUUCAGGAUUUUUAUUUUGUGUAUUAUUAUGUAUACAUUUUAAUUAAGUUUUCCCCCAUGCAUAACAGUAGAAUGCUACAGGUAUAAUAACUCAGAUAAUUCAAAUUGUUUGUUCUUAUCAAAGUUUACAGUCUAAGAAAAUGUUGAAAAAAUUAUUAGAGUUUUUAAAGUUUAUGUUAUAAAUUUUAAAGAAAUAUAAUGUGAUACAAUUAUUUGGAUUUAAAUAUUAUUUAAUAUAAAGAGAAGCAUAUACGUUAUAUUUAUUUAUCUAUUUAUUUUGAUUGGUUUUGUUUUUAAUUUAUC